UGUCUAUUGCGAAAUGAAGUGUUCUUUGUUUCAGUACCGGUCUUCCAUCGUUCGAGUUCAUUUUAGCGUUGUCUUGUGGUUCUUUUCGUUUAUCAAGUCGCUUGCUACCGAAGUCUUCGUGGAGCAGCUGUCUAACUGCGUUUUGUGGUAUAAUAUUUCAAGAUGGUACAUAAACCAAAUUCCAAAAAGCUGGUCGUCUGCUGCGAUGGUACAUGGCAGAACUCUGACUCUGGCUGGAAGAAAGAUGGUAUCUUUGGCGCCGGACGCCUCCAGACUCCAACGAAUGUGACUCUGCUCCGAGAUGCCAUUAUGCCAGAGGACAAUCAAGGAGUACUACAGAUCGUGUACUACCAAAACGGGAUUGGGUCCAACGAUAACGUCUUUGACCAGGUCUGGGGUGGGCUCACUAGUGCCGGAAUCAGCGAAAACAUUCGGGAAGCCUAUGCAUUUUUGGUUGACAACUUUGUUGCGGACAACGACGACGAGAUAUACCUAGUCGGGUUUUCCAGGGGUUCAUACAUUGCACGGAGCAUUGGGGGGAUGAUAGGGAGUAUCGGGCUUCUUGAGAAGAAUGCCAUGAGAUCAUUCUAUCCAAUUUUUAAAGACUACGAGAAUGCGGGACGGGAAGGGUACAAAUUGAUGCUGCCGGAUUAUAUCAAAGGCUUCAAUGUCCACGAGAACCCUGCGAAUAUCGAGUCGUAUCUAGCGGAAUACAAGCAGAAGCUGUUGAAUAUGAAAUUGACUCGAGUGGUGAACGUCAAAGCUAUCGGAGUGUUUGAUACUGUUGGUGCCCUUGGAAUCCCUCUCCAGCCGUGGCUAUCGAAACUCGGGCUGCCAGUAUCUAUUCCUACCGAGGAGUACGCGUUCUAUGACACCGGAAUCGACCCACAUGUCGAGAACGCGUUCCAAGCCCUAGCAAUUGACGAGAGGCGUGCGGCGUUCCGACCGACCCUUUGGGAGAAGCCCGAUGGUUCAAAAACUAACCUCAAACAAUGCUGGUUUCCAGGCGCACACUCCAGCGUCGGCGGAAGCUAUGAAGACACCGCCUGCUCCACCAUCUCCCUCGCAUGGAUGAUGGAGAACUUGCGGCCAUUCCUCGACUUCCACCCCACCUACAUCUCCGACCAAGUCGCCCGGAACAAAGCCUGGUACACACAGCAACAAACCAUUGGGAAGCUCCAUCGUAACUGGGGAUGGGGCGUCGGCAUUAUUUACGAGUCGGUCCAUUUCCCAACGUCGCUCGGAGGCAGCUUGGAUCGGACGCCGAGGUUUUACCGUCGGACGGGCCCGUUGACGGGGAAGCCGCAGCGGGAGAAGUUGAGCAACACCAACGAGAGGAUGCACGCGUCCGUUAGGGGGAGGAUCAAGCUGGGCGGGCUGGAUGAGAACCAGUCGAGCGCGUAUGCCUCGCCACCAUUGGGCAAGUGGAGCAUGAAAUCGAAGAACGAGGGGGGGAAGGUUAGUUGGUAUUGGGAGUAUUCUGGGACGGAUAAAGAUGGCUUUGAGGGAGGGAAGCCGGCGGUGAUGGUGGAGGAUACGUUGAAAGGGUUUGAGCUGGAAGUCCUGGCGAUGGAUCUGGAGGCGCAGGCGGAACUUUUUUCGUGAUUGGGUCGGUCGCAUCGGAGUUUCGCAUCACCUUUUCUUAGAUCUAGUUAAUUGGCAAAGACUUUACAUGGCCAGUAUCUAAUGCACUUCAGUUUUAUAUUUG